AUGGCCGGCCCAGCGAAUAAUCCACCAGUAGCCGCUGCCCCUCCACAGUUGGAAACGGUCUCACCAGUAGAUGAAAGGUCACCCGAGACUGAACUUGAGCCAGCCGUGAUUGAAGUCGAGGAUACCGACGAUCUGAACGAGUCGGCAUCCAACAUCGACGACCGAAUUUCUACGUACACGGCGUCUGUUUCCUCAAGUGUCAUCGAUCAUCCUACCGAGAAUGGUCGCCGGUAUCACGCCUUCAGAGCAGGUGAGGCCACGGAAGUGGGAGAGCUCCUUCCUAACUCAGAGGUCAUCGGCAACGACUUGAGUGCAAACCAACCAACUUGUCCCACCCCACCUAACGUCAAGUUCGAGAUUGAUGAUGUUGAAAGCCCUUGGGUGAACGCUUAUAAGUUCGACUUCAUCUUCUGUCGGCACAUGGUAGGUGCCAUUGCUGACUGGCCAAAGCUGAUGAGCAACAUCUACGAGGAGCUCAGGAGUACGAACCCUGGCGGGUGGGUGGAAUUUCAAGACUACGACCUUCUCUAUACCUCAGAAGACGGCUCAUUGACAGAAGAACACCAAACACUCAAGUGGAUUCGUCUUAUUCUUGAAGCCUGCGACAAAAUGGGUCGCGAUGGUCAGGCCGGGUUUGUCAACAUCGCCCAUGAGAAGUUCAUAGUGUCGAUAGGACCAUGGCCAAAGGACACGCAUCACAAGGAUGUUGGGAUGUGCAACUUGAUCCAGAUGUUGGAUGGAUUGGAGGCGUUUAGCUUGAGGGUGUUUUGUGGUGUGCUGGGAUGGACAAGGGCCGAGGUACUGGUGUUGCUUGCGAUGGUGCGCAAAGAUUUGAAAUCUUGCAAGUUUCACGCCAAGUAUUAUUUCCACGUGGUAUACGCCCAGAAACCAGGGGCCACUGAUCGAAAGUAG